AUGAGUUUUUUAUUCGGGAGUCGAUCAAAUAAAACCUUUAAACCAAAGAAAAACAUUCCUGAAGGAACCCAUCAAUAUGAUUUAAUGAGACAUGCUGCUGCAACACUUGGCUCAGGCAAUCUACGCCUUGCCGUAAUGUUACCUGAAGGGGAAGAUUUGAAUGAAUGGGUUGCUGUUAAUACGGUGGACUUCUUCAACCAGAUCAACAUGCUGUACGGUACCAUCACGGAGUUCUGCACGGAGGAGUCAUGCGCGGUGAUGUCGGCGGGGCCCAAGUACGAGUACCACUGGGCGGACGGACACACCGUCAAGAAACCCAUCAAGUGCUCCGCGCCCAAGUACAUCGACUACCUCAUGACCUGGGCGCAGGACCAACUCGACGACGAGACGCUCUUCCCUUCCAAAAUAGGCGUGCCGUUCCCGAAGAACUUCCUGUCGAUGGCGAAGACGAUCCUGAAGCGGCUGUUCCGCGUGUACGCGCACAUCUACCACCAGCACUUCCCCGAGGUGGUGCAGCUCGGCGAGGAGGCGCACCUCAACACCUCCUUCAAACACUUCAUAUUCUUUGUCCAGGAAUUUAAUCUAAUCGAGCGACGAGAGCUGGCGCCGCUGCAGGAGCUCAUCGAGAAGCUCACCGCCAAGGAGGCGCGA